UAUUUGGUGAUCGGGUGGCCCCCUAAUCUCUCUAUAGCUGGAUCAAUACCCUAAAAGGUUUACCAAAUGAGCAUAAAAAUCGUCCACUUCUCGAACAAUGCAUGCCACAACAAAAAGCCAAACACAUCAUCACCACACCAACGUGAGAGUUAUGCUGAGAAUGCCGCAAUGUCACAUGCACAAACUUUUUGGGACUUUCCUCUCAUGUGCAUCACCGUGUCCCGAACGAUGGAUCAGAAAAAUCCCCACGGACUGAGAGUCGUAUAACCAAAACACACACGUGAAUUUCUUGCUUAUUCCUCGCCAUGCCGCGCGCGAGAAAGACGACCGGCGUCGCAAAGCGCGUGACUAGGACCAAACGCGCGAGACGGACACGGCGCAGCACUGAGGAUACCCUGGAAGAAGCUGGAAUGGGAGGAUCAGGUACAAUUAGGACGAUAAAAACCAAACUACACUGCUUUACAAGCCAUAAAUCAUUUUUAUAAUCCACGCAAAGGAGACUAUAUAUUAAUAAAAUGAAGAGGAGCAAAGGAAUAAAAGCAGCUUUUUUUCUAGCUUCGUCGAGAAAUGAUGAUCCUCCACCCAAACAAGAAGAUCCAACAUUACUGCAGUCAACAUUGAUGGGCAGCAUUAUACAGUCACCACUGCUACUGCCACUGCCAUUGCCACAGCGACUGCCACUCUCUGAGGAGCUAGACUACAGCAAAAUGUGUCCAAAGUGUUCCUCCAUCCUGACGGCUGCAGUGGUUCCAGCUGGACAGAACACUUCACUGUUGCAGUGCCCGCAGUGCUCUACCACGCCACUGUGUGAGCACUGCCUGUACCCUUGCCCUGAUGGCACCUGCACCAACCAGGCCUGCCACAUUGUUUCUUUGCUGCUCACCUGUGACCGAGUCAAGGAAACGUCCAGCAACGUGUACGGCUGUCCUCUUUUCCGAGCCUGUCCCAAAUGUCACAAUCUAAUGUCGCAUGCAGGAGGGUGCAAGUAUGUGAGGUGUGACAAGUGCAGCCAUGGCUACUGUUUUAUCUGCUUAAGGGUCUCAAAGGAGUGCAGAAAGGACAGGGACAAGUAUUUUUCUCUGACCUGCUCUGUACCUAAAGCGGCACGGCAGAGAUUCCAAACCUGACGAGGUGGAGACGCAAACUCUCACAGCUGUAAUAAAAAUAUCAUAAAGGAGUAAAACCUAAAUUUUCAGUACACUGUAACAAAACACUGUAAAAAUCUCAAUUCCGACAGAAACGUACAUUUUUCCAUGAACACAGCACUAUACUGUAAAACUAUGCAUUUUGGGAAUUAUUUUCCCCUAUAAUACAGCAAUAUACUGUGAAUAUUGUAAAGGAAGAGAGAAGUGGUUAAAGCUCUGGGUUACUAAUUUAAGCUGCCACUCUUGAGCUUGAACCCUUAACAUUAUGUGCCCCAGGGGCUCUGUUAUAUAAAAAAAAAAAAAAAAAACACACUGGGAAAUAUGAAGAAAGGAUUUCACUGUGAUGUAAUGCACAUGCGACAAAUAAAGCAUUUGCAUUCUGAGAGUGACAUUAGAAGUAACAUUUGAGAAACCCUUUUAAAUAUAGCACACUGCUGCGUUUCUAGAGAAAACUGAACAAUGAAGCACCAGUGAAGGACUUUCUUUAAGAAUAUCUUUGGGUAUCCAUGUGGAAUACUCUAAUGAACAAAUCAACAACUCAAAUACAUUUUAUCAGUCAUCUUUGAACAACAAAGCAAACUAUAGUCACCUUGGAGCACUGCCAUCUUCCCAUUUUUUGUAACGGAUUCCUGAAUAAUUUAUAAAGUUGGACCGUUUUUUAUUUUAUUAUUAUUUUUAGUUCUAUUGCUUUGUGACUAAAAGCAUUAUUGGGUUUAUACGUUGGUGGAUUUCCUCUGAUUUCUGUGCGUUUUCAACAGGUACUAGUGACGAGAAGAUUGGAUCGUUUUAGUGACUUGAAUAGUUUUUCUGAGUCAUUUAGUUCUUGUUUCUUUGAUCAUAAAUAAAAUGUUCCAAUUUCAAUAAGCAGAUCCUGUAACACAUCAACAUACACACACUUUCGCAACAGUUCUAUUAAUUUAUAUAUGUAUAUAUAGAACUGCAUAGUGUCAUUGGGAGUCACGUGAUAAAAGAACGAACUACUUGGACCGGAAGAGUCGAGAGGUAAACGAUUACAUUUUCUUUCCUGGACAUAACCUACGGAGAGUCACAUUCGUUCAGAAUAAACGAAUCUUUCACGAUCAACCAAUCACCACCAGGUACAUUAUUAGAGUGAGUAAAAAUGAUUUCAAGAGAGAAUCUAUUUUGCUAUUGUGAUUUGCAUUGAUGCCCUUUUUUUUUUUUUAAACAAAUAAAUUUGGUUACAUACUUGA